GUGAGCGGGGCUGGUCCCUCCCGCUCUCCCCGACCCUGUCCGCCGGGGCCGGGAAGACGGUGGAAAGGAGGAAAAGGAAAAGUCUGUGCGGGGCUCGCCUGGCCUCCCGGCAGCCGGCCGGGCCCGUGUCCGAGCGGGUCGGCUCGGGGCUCCUUCACGGGGUCUGGAGAAGGGAACGCUGAGAGGGGAUCCCAUCCGUCCAUGCCAACAUCUCCAGGGGCUGCCGGAGCACGGGCCGGGCUCUGCUCGGUGCUGCCGGGGCCAGCGGCAGCAGCGGCGGCCGGCAAAUAAAGGGCAGCGAGUGGCAGGCCGGCAGGAGGGAGAGCUUGUGUCCAUGGAGGGGCAGAGCCCUGCAACAGCUGCCCAGGGAGGGCCUGGAGUGUCCCUGUCUGGAGCCAUGCCAGCCCCAGCUGGACACCUUCCUGUGCCCCGACCAGGGCACCCUGCCUGGGCAGGGCUGGGCUGGGGGAGCUCCAGAGGAGCCUUCCAGCCCCGGGGGUGUGGGAUUCGGUGAUUCCUCACAGCUGCCGUUUUCCAGAAGCACGCAGCUCUGUUUCAACCCUGUGAGGGAACUGUGCUCUCCUCACGUUUUUCAGUGGGGGUGGUUUGCAUCCCUUCGUCAGGGCUGGGGCACUUGGGGAAUUGCAGAAACAUCUGCCCUGUUUCCUGCUUUUCCCCUUUCCUGCCAUCCAAGGGGCACAGAGCCUUGGGUUAACUGCUGUUGAGAGUAAUGCGUUUCAAGUGCUAAAAUACAAUUUUUGUCGUGGGCAGACAGGAUGAUGGUAUGACUCAGGGUCAGAUACGGAAAAAUAAUGAGCAUUGUGUGACGUGCUGUGUCACUUGUAUUUUUUGUUAAGGAGAGGUGUGAUCUGGUUGUAAUAGUUACAGGUUAUUGUUGCGAUCGCCACUGGCAGGACAAGGGGAAUGGCUUUAAACUGAAAGAGUAGAUUUGGAUUCGAUAAUGGGAAGAAAUCCUUCCCUGGCAGGGGGGGCAGGCCCUGGCACAGGGUGCCCAGAGCAGCCCUUGGAUCCCAAGGCCAGGCUGGAUGCUGGGGCUUGGAGCAGCCUGGGACAGUGGAAAGUGUCCCUGCCAUGGAACAAGAUGAGUUUUAUGGUUCCUUCCAUCCAAACCAUUCUGUGAUUCAGUGGUUUGUUUGUGGUGCUGCAGUGCUGCCUGAUGUCCACAAACACAUUAAACCAGCUCUGUGUGUGGCACAUCCUCAUUGAAAUGGGCAAGGGGAGAUGGGGAGGGCAGGUAAAAGUGACCAAAUCAUCUGAGACGAAUUUUAGCUUCAAAACCCUGUGAGAAAACCCUUUGAGGGACAGGGAAGGUUUUGAAGCCAUAUUUUUGGGCUGCACUGCACUAUUAAGGAAACACAUGUUAAAAGUGCAGCUCUGGGCUGCCCAGUACAGGGAAGACACCACAAUACUGGAACCAGUCCAGCAAAGAGCCCCAAAGAUGAUUGAGGGUGUUUGGUGAGGCAAGGCUGAAAGAGCUGGGAUGAAUCAGCCUGGAGAAGAGAAGGGUCAGUGGGAUCUUCUGAAUGUCCCUAAAUUCGUGCUGGGAGGGAAUGAAGAUGGAGCCAGACUUCCUUCAGUCGAGGCUACACAAGAGGCAGCAAGCACAAACUGGUGUCCUGCAGCAUGGCAGGUGAAGAAGUUUUCUUUUUGGAGGAGAAAAGAUUCAAGCAGUACUGUGAAGACUUCGUUAAGCACUCGCAGCAGAUAGGAGAUGGCUGGGAGUGGAGAACUAGCAAGGACCUUGGCGAUGGUUAUCUUAGUAAGACACAUUUCCAAGUAAGAAACAGACACAUCCCACCAGACCUCAAGGAGAAAAACAAUGAUAACACUGAACAAAUGUUAUUUGCACAUGUAGAAGAGCCCUCGGAUGACUCCCAGGCCGCUGGGGUGUGCAGCACGGAAGAAGUGGUUCGCUACGAGUACCACGUCCUCUACUCCAGCAGCUACCAAGUGCCUGUGCUGUAUUUCAGAGCCUGCUUUUUGGAUGGAAGGCCUUUAACUCUGGAUGAAAUAUGGGGAAGUGUUCAUGCAUCCUACCAGGCUCGUCUGCAGGAGGGUCCCUGGGACACUAUUACACAGCAGGAGCACCCCAUCCUCGGGCAGCCUUUCUUUGUCCUGCACCCCUGUCGAACCAAUGAAUUCAUCUCUGCUGUGCUGAGAGGCUCACAGGAUCACCACAGACACACAAAUUACAUCACUCUGUGGCUCAGUACUGUAGGCCCAGUUGUGGGCCUGAAUCUGCCUUUGAGUUAUGCAAAACUGGCACCUGAGCAGAGCACAGCUGUGGCUGAAAGUGUUUUGCUUACCUGCCUGCCUUGCUGCCUCACUUGCUUUGCAAUGAAAAUCUGUGCAGAGAGAGAGAGAGAGGUGCUCAGCCCGUUGCUGACAGCCCAGAGGGCCCCUGAGCUCCUGGGGUCUCUCUCAGAGCCCUGAGCUGAAGGACUGGGAGUGGUCAGGCUGUGAUAAAGCUGCUGCAGACUUCCCUGGGGAUGAAGCUGAAGGGUCCUUCCUGGCUGCUCAGCCAUGCCAGAGUGGAAAUGCUUGCUCAUGGCUUUUUCUCUGGCCAGAACUCACCAGUGAUGACGGUGGGAAUUGGCUGCAGCUGUGGGAGCACCUCCCAGCACCAGCCAGACCUGCCCUCCCCUGAAGUCACUCAUCUCCUGCCUCCUGUGCCCUUGCUGAGGCUGCACACAGAUGCACAAGCCAGAGCCAGAGUUGCUGGAUCUACUGAACUCACCUCUAGAAAAUCUGCACCAUCUGUGGGGCAGGAAAAGCAAUAUAAACACAGAGAAAUGCUCGUGGGAUGUGGUGUGGGCUUGUGGCAGCCAGGCUGUGGGCUGAGGCUGCUUCACCGGGGAGCCACCUUCUCCAGCAGAGCCUGCUGAGGGACCAGCCCGUGUUCCCCAGCACACAGAACAUCCUCAUCCCAGGAAUGUCACACCUCAGGGAGCAGAGGGCAUCGGGGCUGUCACAAACAGAGCCCUUGGAGCCCGCUCUGGAGCUCAGGUGCCUGGAGCAGCCGUGUGGGAACAUCUGGCUCUGCCGUGCUCCGCUGCCUGCCAGGGAAGCUCUCCGUGCCCCCGGGAGCUGCUGCUGUUCCCAAUUAGUGUUUCUCGUUGUAGUUGUGGUUGUUCACAGGUUUGCUCCCUGCACUGCGCUGCUUCUGCAGCCUCCCCUGACAGCUGCUGGGUUUUGGGGAUUGCCUGGUGGUGCUGCCACGGAGAGCCAGAUUAUGAGGAACUCCCCUACCACCCAUCCUGGCUUCUCUCCCACUCCCAUUUUAUUUGCAGUGUAAAACAGAGUCUGAGCAGCUGACACUGGAGCACAGAUUUCACUCUGUACAUUCAGCAGUUCUAGGGUGUGCCACGUCAGAGCUGGGAGUGUGAAAUGCAUCCAGAUUCUGUUUUUUCAAAUCGUGUUUUUACCUUCCAUUAGUUGCCAUUGGUGGACAGGGAAUACAGAGUGCAGUCCUUGAAAUCCCAUGGGCGCAGAAUUUGAGUGCCAGACAUUUGGAAUUAAUAAUGAAAGCACAUACUUUAAUUUGUUCUGUGUCAUACCAACCUGAAAAACCAUUUUUCCCAUGUAAGAUUUACAAAAUAUGGCCCGCAGCUACACUGAUUUUUUUUUUAAACACUUUUGGUAACACAUGCUUGAUAAUUGCAUCCACAGCCCAUUUUUAAAAUUAAGUGAGAUUUAGAUUGGGAGGAAGAGCCAGCAAAAGAGGUAACAGCAGGUUUAAGAGCUGUUAAAUGUUCACCCCUCCUCUGUCAUCGUCACUUGUCAGCACUCAGCCUUCAAAAUGUGGAAUUUAUAUGUGAAGGAAAAUAAAUAUUUUUAUUUUACAUGGAA